ACCAAUUUAUCGCCAUAUUUGUGAUGGCGACCGAUAUUUAUAGAUCGUAAGGGUGUUGUUAUUCGAUAAAUAAAUGCAUUAAAAAUGGAGGAGACGAAAGUUAUUUAUUACAUAGAUGACGAGGAGACACCGUAUUUAGUGAAAAUCCCCAUAUCACCGGAGAAAGUGACGUUGUUGGACUUCAAGAACCAGUUGAACCGACCAAACUAUAAGUUUUUCUUCAAAUCUAUGGACGAUGAUUUUGGUGUUGUUAAAGAAGAAAUUGUGGACGAUAACGCUCAUUUACCUUGUUUUAACGGACGUGUAGUGUCGUGGCUAGUGUCAGCUGAAGGCUCGAACCCGUCGGACGGGGCAUCGCAGUGUACCGAUAGUAAUGCUGGUAAAGGCAAACAAACUCAUGGGGCUCCGGCCCCCGUCACGAGAGACACCUGUACGGACACGGACAGCACGAUCAGCUCGCGGCCAGGGCACCGAGCGUCCUGCGACAAGUAUAAAUACCGGGGCUUACGGAUAAACGGGCUCAAGUACGGGAACCAUGGAUUGGAAUACGAGACAGCUUCCGUGUUGAGUUCCGAUUUGGACUCAACCAGCCUCUUUGAUAGCCAGUCAGAAAUCACCACGACGACGGGCAGGCACACGAACGCGUCUGUAGACAGGGCCCUGACGGAAUGCAGCAGUGUUUCCCACCUACAAGUCAGUUCUCGAAAGAGGCCUCAAAGACGACGAAAAAGGCCGCAAGUCAUGUCGAGAACUUCUUCAUAUUCAUCCAUAACUGACUCUACAAUGUCUAUGCAUAUUAUUACGGUGACUUUGAACAUGGAUACUGUCAAUUUUCUUGGGAUUUCAAUAGUAGGGCAGUCGAAUAAGGGUGGUGAUGGAGGGAUCUAUGUUGGAAGUAUCAUGAAAGGUGGUGCUGUUGCUCUGGAUGGACGGAUAGAGCCUGGAGACAUGAUAUUACAGGUGAACGACGUGAACUUCGAAGACAUGACCAAUGAUGAAGCGGUGAGGGUCCUCCGGGAGGUGGUGCAGAAGCCGGGGCCCAUCAAGCUGGUGGUGGCCAAGUGCUGGGACCCGAACCCCAAGGGAUACUUCACUAUACCCAGGACGGAACCCGUCAGGCCUAUUGAUCCUGGUGCCUGGGUAGCCCACACGGCGGCCCUGCGCGAGGCCUACCCUCCGCCGCCGCCCUCGCUGUCGGCCCUGCCCGUGUCCUCCGCGUCCGAGCGCGCCGCGUCUGACGCCAGCACGCUGCCCGCCGCCGCGCUCGAGCCGCAGCUGUCUGUCAACAUGGACAUGGCUGUCGUCGUCAGGGCCAUGCUGAGGCCGGACUCGGGCCUCGAGAUCCGCGACCGCAUGUGGCUGAAGAUAACGAUACCGAACGCGUUCAUCGGCGCGGACGUCGUGGACUGGAUCCUGCAGCAUGUGGCCGGCAUCACGGACCGGCGCGACGCCAGGAAGUAUGCCUCGCAUAUGCUGAAGGCGGGCUUCAUCCGCCACACAGUGAACAAGAUAACGUUCUCGGAGCAGUGUUACUACGUGGCGGGAGAACUGUGCGCGGAGCUGGCGGCGCUGCGCCUGCGCGCGCCCGACUGCGACAGCCUCGCCAGCGACACGCUCGCGCCGCUGCCCCACCCCAACAUCAUGGGCCCCGGCUACAUGCCGUAUGCGGGCUCGUACGGCUACCAGCCGAUACCGUUCAAGUACUCGUCGUGUCUCAACAGCGAGCAUACUGUCUAUGGCUACAACCGCGAGGAGAGCGUGGUGUCCGGCAGCGGGGGCUCGUCCGGCGGCUCGGAGCGGCUGACGGCCAAGGAGGCGGCGCGCGAGCCCGAGCUCAAGUCCACGUCCAGCGGCUCCGGGCCCGAGCUGGCCGAGCCCGCGCCCGGGGAGCGGCCCGAGCGACAGCCCGAGCGCCAGCCCGACAGGCCUGUGCUGUUCCUAUAACGGAGUGAGCUAUGAGGUGGAUCCUCUGAAAACUGCCAAAUAUCGGGACGAUAGUUAUAGUAAGUUAAACUGCGACUGUCGGUAAUAUACAACUAUGGGUUUAACUGAGAUGUGUGUUGACAAGUCUGUUGUCAUAGUAAUGUUGUAGAAAAACGCUAUAAGGCAUUUGAAUAUUAGUCUUUUAAGGAGAUUUGGGAUUUCCAUUUGAACUGUAUUUAUUUUUAUGCAUUUAUAAGCAUUUCGAUGAUGUAUUUUUUUUCUA